CAUUUCCUCAAAUCGCUCCGCCGAGUAAAAAAAAUCUUCACUCGGCCUCAGCGCAGUUUGGGCUCUCAAGCUGAAAGGAUUAUAUUUUGGACUUUCAUUCCGCGCCGAAUGGAGAUUAAAUUGGACAUACGGUUUGGAGUUUUGAUCGUUUUACUACAGGUCCUCUGCGGUGUGGAGGCGACGCCAUGUUCCCCAGGCUUUGCUUCAGAUGUGUUUGUCCUCAUAGUUCACAGGUCUCACCUGCAGAGGGGCACGAGGAUCGGUGCAGUUGUUUUCCACGACUGCAGCGGAAGGACACAGUCCAUCUUUGACACUGCUGAUAAGCGGUUUCGUGUAGAUUCAGAUGGCACAGUGAAGCUGAAGAGACAGGUCACUCUGCAUAAUGGCCAUAAGGUGUUCUCUGUCCAUGCGUGGGACUCCAAGGGAAAGAAACACACUGCAUUGGUGAGAGUGGAACAUGAGGGUAGUGCUAACCACCAUAAGGAGCAGCAGGAAGAUGUUGAGGCAUCUGAGCUUGUGCAGCUUCAAUCUCCCUCGAUUCCGCUUCUGGAGUUUCCAAAAUCAAGCGGGUUGCGGAGGAGAAAGAGAGAGUGGGUCAUUCCACCGGUCAAAAUCUUGGAGAACGAGAGAGGUCCUUUUCCUAGUAAGCUUGUGCAGAUUAAAUCCAGUCAUGAUAAAGAAACCAAGAUGGUGUACAGAAUCACUGGUGUCGGUGCAGACCAGCCUCCAGUGGGACUGUUUACAAUAGACAAAUUCACUGGUCAAAUGUAUGUGGGGAGGCCUCUUGACCGAGAAGCUAAAGAUAAAUAUGUGCUGCAAGCCCAUGCUGAGUCACUUACUGAUGCUGUUGUAGAACCUGCCAUGGAGGUUAUAGUUGAAGUGCUGGACAGUAAUGAUAACCUUCCUGUCUUCACCCAAGAUCCAUUCAUUGGCAGUGUACCAGAAGCUUCAAAACCAGGCUUUGAGUUCAUGACAGUCAGUGCCACUGAUGCAGAUGAUCCAAACACUGACCAUGCUGCUAUUAGGUACUUCAUUGUUGAGCAGAUUCCACCAGAACCACAUCCUAACAUGUUUGCGAUUAACCCUAUGAGUGGAGCAAUCCGAGUGAAUAUUGAUGGACUGGACAGAGAGAAAUAUAGAGAAUACACCUUGAAAAUUCAAGCAGCAGAUAUGAAUGGGGACGGCCGCGCAGUUCCUGGAACAGCUGUUAUUACAGUCACAGACAGCAAUGACAAUGCACCUAAAUUUGCCAAGACCUUGUUCAAUGUUACUGUCCCAGAGGAUAAAGUGGGAGUUAUUGUGGCAAAACUGCCAGUGACUGACGAAGAUGAACCACAAUCAUCUGCCUGGGCAGCAAAAUUUAGGAUUGUUAGUGGUGACCCAAGUGGAUUUUUCAACAUUAGCACAGGACCAAGCAAACAGGACGGCAUCAUUACCACGAUCAAGGGGUUGGACUAUGAGAACAACAACAAAUUCACACUGCUGGUAGCUGUGGAAAAUGAGGUUCCAUUUGCUAGAGCUUUGCCUACCUCCACUGCUACUGUUAUCGUAAAUGUUCUUGAUGUGAACGAGGCUCCAGUGUUUGAUCCCAAGGAGAUGAUUGUUUCCAAACCUGAAGAUCUAGCAAUUGAUAGUGAACUGACAGUGUACACUGCCACUGAUCCGGACACGUACCGGAACCAGAAAUUGACGUAUCGUGUAGGCAAUGAUCCUGCUGGCUGGCUGACUGUUAUCCCAGACACUGGACUAAUCAAAGUCAGGAGUUCUAUGGACAGAGAAUCAACUUUUGUGAAAGAUGGCAAAUACAGAGCCCUAAUUCUAGCUAUAGAUGAUGAUGUCCUUCCAGCAACUGGAACUGGUACACUUAUAAUUGAGCUGGAGGAUGUGAAUGAUAACGUUCCAACAAUUGAGGAGCAGAAAAUCCAAUUUUGUAAUAAGGAUUCCGUUCCAAGGACCCUGGCUGUGGUUGAUAAGGAUGGACCUGGCUUUGCUGCUCCUUUCACCGUAGAGCUGCAAGGAGAUAGCAAGAACAAUUGGACUGCUAGGAUGAAUGAUUCAAAAACAGGGAUCAUACUUGCACUUAAGAUGCCACUCCAACAGGGACCUUACAAUGUUGUUAUGAGGGUGUACGACAACCAGCUCCAAUCGCAAGUCAACACUGUGCCGGUCACUGUAUGUGACUGCAAAGGAGAGGACUUUAAGUGCAAAGACCUGCGUGCAGCAGACUUUGGCCUUCCUGGGGUGCUCGGAAUUCUGGGGGCUAUUUUGGCUCUGCUGUUGCUGCUCUUGCUGCUGCUUCUGUUCCUUAAAAGGAAAGGCACUAAGAAAGAGCAGCCCCUUAUUAACGACGAUGAUAUCCGUGACAAUGUUUACUGUUAUGAUGAAGAGGGUGGUGGAGAAGAUGAUCAGGAUUAUGAUCUGAGCGUUUUGCACAGAGGCCUUGACAACCGCCCUGAUGUGUUCCGCAACGAUGUGGCUCCCACCUUUAUGCCUGCUCCACAAUAUCGGCCGCGGCCUGCAAACCCAGAGGAGAUCGGCACCUUCAUUGAUGACAACCUGAAGGCGGCUGAUAACGACCCCACAGCUCCCCCCUAUGACUCUCUGCUGGUGUUUGAUUAUGAAGGUGGUGGAUCAGAGGCAGGAUCCCUCAGCUCCCUGAACUCCUCCAGCUCAGGAGAUCAGGACUAUGAUCGUAUUGGUGAGUGGGGACCGCGCUUCAAGAAACUAGCUGACAUGUAUGGAGGAGGAGAGGACUACUCAUUUCCUCAAAUCGACAAGUUAAAAAUCUCUACGCAGGUUCAGCGCAGUUUGGUCUCUCAAGCUAAAAGGAUUAUAUUUUGGACUUUCAUUCCGCGCCGAAUGGAGAUUAAAUUGGACAUACGGUUUGGAGUUUUGAUCGUUUUACUACAGGUCCUCUGCGGUGUGGAGGCGACGCCAUGUUCCCCAGGCUUUGCUUCAGAUGUGUUUGUCCUCAUAGUUCACAGGUCUCACCUGCAGAGGGGCACGAGGAUCGGUGCAGUUGUUUUCCACGACUGCAGCGGAAGGACACAGUCCAUCUUUGACACUGCUGAUAAGCGGUUUCGUGUAGAUUCAGAUGGCACAGUGAAGCUGAAGAGACCGGUCACUCUGCGUAAUGGCCAUAAGGUGUUCUCUGUCCAUGCGUGGGACUCCAAGGGAAAGAAACACACUGCAUUGGUGAGAGUGGAACAUGAGGGUAGUGCUAACCACCAUAAGGAGCAGCAGGAAUAUGUUGAGGCAUCUGAGCUUGUGCAGCUUCAAUCUCCCUCGAUUCCGCUUCUGGAGUUUCCAAAAUCAAGCGGGUUGCGGAGGAGAAAGAGAGAGUGGGUCAUUCCACCGGUCAAAAUCUUGGAGAACGAGAGAGGUCCUUUUCCUAGUAAGCUUGUGCAGAUUAAAUCCAGUCAUGAUAAAGAAACCAAGAUGGUGUACAGAAUCACUGGUGACGGUGCAGACCAGCCUCCAGUGGGACUGUUUACAAUAGACAAAUUCACUGGUCAAAUGUAUGUGGGGAGGCCUCUUGACCGAGAAGCUAAAGAUAAAUAUGUGCUGCAAGCCCAUGCUGAGUCACUUACUGAUGCUGUUGUAGAACCUGCCAUGGAGGUUAUAGUUGAAGUGCUGGACAGUAAUGAUAACCUUCCUGUCUUCACCCAAGAUCCAUUCAUUGGCAGUGUACCAGAAGCUUCAAAACCAGGCUUUGAGUUCAUGACAGUCAGUGCCACUGAUGCAGAUGAUCCAAACACUGACCAUGCUGCUAUUAGGUACUCCAUUGUUGAGCAGAUUCCACCAGAACCACAUCCUAACAUGUUUGCGAUUAACCCUAUGAGUGGAGCAAUCCGAGUGAAUAUUGAUGGACUGGACAGAGAGAAAUAUAGAGAAUACACCUUGAAAAUUCAAGCAGCAGAUAUGAAUGGGGACGGCCGCGCAGUUCCUGGAACAGCUGUUAUUACAGUCACAGACAGCAAUGACAAUGCACCUAAAUUUACCAAGAACUUGUUCAAUGUUACUGUCCCAGAGGAUAAAGUGGGAGUUAUUGUGGCAAAACUGCCAGUGACUGACGAAGAUGAACCACAAUCAUCUGCCUGGGCAGCAAAAUUUAGGAUUGUUAGUGGUGACCCAAGUGGAUUUUUCAACAUUAGCACAGGACCAAGCAAACAGGACGGCAUCAUUACCACGAUCAAGGGGUUGGACUAUGAGAACAACAACAAAUUCACACUGCUGGUAGCUGUGGAAAAUGAGGUUCCAUUUGCUAGAGCUUUGCCUACCUCCACUGCUACUGUUAUCGUAAAUGUUCUUGAUGUGAACGAGGCUCCAGUGUUUGAUCCCAAGGAGAUGAUUGUUUCCAAACCUGAAGAUCUAGCAAUUGAUAGUGAACUGACAGUGUACACUGCCACUGAUCCGGACACGUACCGGAACCAGAAAUUGACGUAUCGUGUAGGCAAUGAUCCUGCUGGCUGGCUGACUGUUAUCCCAGACACUGGACUAAUCAAAGUCAGGAGUUCUAUGGACAGAGAAUCAACUUUUGUGAAAGAUGGCAAAUACAGAGCCCUAAUUCUAGCUAUAGAUGAUGAUGUCCUUCCAGCAACUGGAACUGGUACACUUAUAAUUGAGCUGGAGGAUGUGAAUGAUAACGCUCCAACAAUUGAGGAGCGGGAAAUCAACAUAUGUAAUAAGGAUUCCGCUCCAAGGACCCUGGCUGUGGUUGAUAAGGAUGGACCUGGCUUUGCUGCUCCUUUCACCGUAGAGCUGCAAGGAGAUAGCAAGAACAAUUGGACUGCUAGGAUGAAUGAUUCAAAAACAGGGAUCAUACUUACACUUAAGAUGCCACUCCAACAGGGAACUUACAAUGUUGUUAUGAGGGUGUACGACAACCAGCUCCAAUCGCAAGUCAACACUGUGCUGGUCACUGUAUGUGACUGCACAGGAGAGGACUUUAACUGCAAAGACCUGCGUGCAGCAGACUUUGGCCUUCCUGGGGUGCUUGGAAUUCUGGGGGCUAUUUUGGCUCUGCUGUUGCUGCUCUUGCUGCUGCUUCUGUUCCUUAAAAGGAAAGGCACUAAGAAAGAGCAGCCCCUUAUUAACGACGAUGAUAUCCGUGACAAUGUUUACUGUUAUGAUGAAGAGGGUGGUGGAGAAGAUGAUCAGGAUUAUGAUCUGAGCGUUUUGCACAGAGGCCUUGACAACCGCCCUGAUGUGUUCCGCAACGAUGUGGCUCCCACCUUUAUGCCUGCUCCACAAUAUCGGCCGCGGCCUGCGAACCCAGAGGAGAUCGGCACCUUCAUUGAUGACAACCUGAAGGCGGCUGAUAACGACCCCACAGCUCCCCCCUAUGACUCUCUGCUGGUGUUUGAUUAUGAAGGUGGUGGAUCAGAGGCAGGAUCCCUCAGCUCCCUGAACUCCUCCAGCUCAGGAGAUCAGGACUAUGAUCGUAUUGGUGAGUGGGGACCGCGCUUCAAGAAACUAGCUGACAUGUAUGGAGGAGGAGAGGACUAAGAACGUGUGUAUGAGAGAGAGGAGUUCUUUCAGAAAAAUCUGGUCAGGCAUGAAGCACAAGGAUGGAUGUAAAUACAGGACAGUUUUAGUUUCCCUGUUGCCUUAUUAAUAUUGUAACAGUGCAGUCUGAAAUGGAAACGGGCCAGUCUUGCUAAAUAAAUUGCUAUUUUUUUUGUGUGGCUCAGUUAUGUUAAUGGAUGACCUUUCUGCAUGGUUUUCAAAGCACUGGGGUACAAUGUUUAACCAACAAUAAAGUUUUAUGAAGUGUUUGUACCCCAUUUCUGUUUAAGAUUUUUACAUUUGUCUUUUUUUUUUUUUUUUUUUUUUUUUUUUUAAUUCAACUGACUGUAUUGCCAUUUGUACUUUUUUAUUUAUAUAUAUAUAUAUAUAAAUAAAAAGUAGCUUUUUUUUUUUUUAUUUCUUGAACGUAUGGUUAUUGAUAAUGACUGUACGAUUAAAUGUUCUUUUAGAGCCAGCCAUCAAUAAAGUUGAGUUGAAUUCUUUAAAGAAUAACCUACACCUGAUAGUCAUUUAUGGUAUUUGAUUUCCUGUUCCAAGGUUGACGAAUACCUUCUAAAUGUAAUGUUAAAGCAUGACAGGAAAGAUUAAGCACAAUUUAAUGGAUAAAUGACCCUAACGUUUGGAUAGUUUUUUUUUUUGUUUUUUUUUUUAAUGCAACUGUUCAAAUGUACAAAAAAAUGUUCUUGUUUGAGAAGUAUGCUAUUGUGCUACAUGAUGGCAAUACUGAUCUGUUCUGUAUUACUCACUAUACUGCAAAUGGUGUACAACACUGUUAUAUAUGUAUUAGUGUAUGUGUUACUCUGUACUGAAUAGGCGUGAUACAUGGGGAUGACUUCAUCAAUAUGGAUCAGAAUUUCAAAGGAAUCUUGUGGAAACCAGAACCGAGGCAGUUUUGAUAGCGGCUGGAGAUCUACCUAUGGUUAUAGUGUUUCUUAAUAAACUUGAAAAUGUAGCCUAUAAGUACAGGUAGAUAGUAUAUUUGCAAAAUAGUAAUAAAUCUUACAACUGUAAAACAUUGUUUUAGAGAAGACUAUACAAAGCUUUCUAGUCAGUUUUUGGUCUUUUAUUUUAUAUAAAUUCAGAAAAAUAUUUUAAUCUUUAUGGCACAUUAACUGCAGGAAAGGUGAGUUGUAAGCCAAGGCUCAUAUGUAAAAGAUGUGGUGUAUGAUCUGAAUACUUUGAGUGUAAGGUGAAAAAGACUCAAUAGAUGAAUAGAUGGUGCAAUUGGGUUUUAGUGUGAAAAUCCCAGAAACUCCCAAAGAUUUGAAUGGGGAAUUCUUAAAAUUUCCUCCACACCAUGGGUCGGCAACCCGCGGCUCUGGAGCCGCAAGUGGCUCUUUCAUCCCUCUGUGCAGCUCCCUGUACAUUUGGAAAAUAAAUAUUUAAUUUGAAUUUA